AUUUAUCAAGAUGACCUCGCUGGGAAACUAUACCACUGACAGCACCAAUGGACAUUCAAAUAUCCUUAGACAUGAAAAAUGUGAUGCUUAUUUACUUAUCCAUCUAGAAACUGCUCUUGGUGAAGGCUUUCGAACUUUCUUGUAUUCUUUGGGUCUUGCCUACUGCUUUAUUGGAUUGUCAGCUAUAACUGCUCGGUUUUUCCGAUCCAUGGAGAGUGUUGUUAAGCAUAGUCGGACUGUAGAGAUGAUAGAUCCUCUCACAAACACAAAAGUUGUCAAAAAUGAAAAGGUGUGGAAUUACACAAUUGCAGACAUCACUCUACUGGCAUUUGGGACUAGCUUUCCACAGAUCUCGCUAGCUACAAUUGAUGCAAUACGAAAUAUUGGAAAAUUAUAUGCUGGAGGUUUAGGUCCGGGAACACUCGUUGGAUCUGCUGCUUUCGAUCUAUUUCCAAUACAUGCUGUUUGUGUGGUGGUUCCUAAAGCUGGAGAAUUGAAGAAGAUAUCAGAUAUUGGAGUCUGGCUUGUUGAGCUCUUUUGGUCCUUUUGGGCCUACAUCUGGCUGUAUAUAAUUUUAGAGGUGUGGACUCCAAACGUUGUAACUUUGUGGGAGUCUAUCUUAACAGUGUUGCAAUUUGGGCUAUUGCUGAUACAUGCCUAUGCACAGGACAAACGUUGGCCCUAUUUGUCCCUUCCUAUAGAAAGAGCUGAGAGGCCAGAGGAGUGGGUGCCUGCUGAGGUUGUUAAAUAUAGGCCUCUUGACAAGGUUCAUGAGCCACACUCGGAAGUAUCUCAAGUUGGUGAAGAAGAAAAUAGCGGAAUUGUUGAUAUAUUCUCCAUUCAUUCAGGAGAGGGGACAGGUCAUUUUUAUCGAAACUUAGCAGGUGAAGAUGUCACUGAAUCGUCCACGCUGAAUAAUGGCAAUAUCAUUCCUGAAGAAUCUGAUAUCCUCUCAAUUUGGAAGCAUCAAUUUGUGGAUGCUCUCAUGUUGGAAAGUGCGGAAUCCAGAAAAUUGAACAAUAUAUACCUACGUGUUGCAAGAAUUUUCUGGCAGUCACUUCUUCUACCAUGGAAGCUUCUUUUUGCAUUUGUGCCACCUUAUCAGAUUGCCCAUGGGUGGAUUGCUUUCAUAUGCUCUUUGAUAUUCAUCAGUGGAAUAGCUUAUGUCGUGACAAAGAUCACAGAUUUGAUAAGCUGUGUUACAGGAAUAAAUCCUUACGUCAUUGCGUUCACAGCUUUGGCAAGUGGAACCUCAUGGCCUGAUCUCGUGGCCAGCAAAAUUGCUGCAGAACGACAGCUUACAGCCGACUCUGCCAUUGCUAACAUUACCUGCAGCAAUUCGGUGAACAUCUAUAUAGGCAUUGGCGUACCCUGGCUAAUCGAUACACUGUACAACUACAUUGCAUACAACGAGCCAUUGCGAAUAGACAAUGCAGAAGGACUAAGUUUCUCUCUGCUUGUUUUCUUCUCUACUUCUGUAGCCUGCAUUGGUGUUUUGGUGUUUAGACGACUCACUAUCGGUGCUGAGCUUGGCGGACCAAGAGUUUGGGCAUGGGUGACUUGCAUAUUCUUCAUGUUGUUAUGGCUUAUAUUUGUUGUGCUAUCUUCUCUCAGAGUUUCUGGUAUUAUAUAACAAUCUCAAUCCAAAUCAUUCUUAGAAAGGGGUAUUUUUUUUACUCGUUGUAUCUAUCGAUGGAUAGAUAUUGGUCUGAGACGGGCUUAAACGGCAAUCUAUGAUCGAUUCUGACUUGCUUGGGAUUGAUAGUAGUUGUUAUUGUUGUAUUGUAUUGAUUUAUGGAUAUUGGACAGAGAUGGGCUUAAAUGGAGCGAUAAGAACAGUGAAGAUUUAUAUGGUCGAUUUCAACUUGCUUAGGAUCGAUAAUAGUUAUUGUUGUAUUGUAAUGAUCAAUGUAAUGUAGCCUUACACUCUUGCAAGUUGUAU